AGUUGAGUUAGCUCAAAUUACUCAAUUUCGAUUACGCCAAUAAACAAUCUCUUUUUCACAUAAUAUUAUGUGUAUUACUGAAUAUUUAUUAUUAAAAAUUGCUAAAGAUUAAAAGAUUUGUUUCAGUUACUAUGUCGGAACAACGGCUAUAUGUGGGGGAGGCUGUCUCCUACCAAAAUAAUAUUACGAACCGGCCAGUCGAAAAAGGAGCGUCUCCAUUCAAACUGGACGAUUUUUGUCGGUUGUGCCUACGACAGUGCGGCUCGGCCCGGAUGCAACCAUUGAAAAGUCAUUCCACGAAUUUCGGCAGCGAAACUGUAUCCUUUCCUGAUAUGCUAACGUACGUGUACGGACUGCCAUCGAAUCUAUCGGAGCAUUUGCCGCAACGCAUUUGCGAACGGUGCGUCAAGCGACUGGAGGUAGCUUAUAGGAUCUGUAGGGAGUUCAAAGAGAAGGAAACACUUUUACAGCGAUUCUACUUCAAUGGAUCGGUGCUCAAAGGGUUGAUCCAGUACCAGAAUUUUCGUACAAUUCCGCGCCCUGAUGAUAUUGCAACAGAACAGUUGGAAUUGGGAGCGACGAAAAAUCAACAACUGUGUAACAAAAAACACAGCGAUAAGCCGGAAGUGCUAUUGGAUAACAAUGAUCCGCUACAAUCGAACGAGGAAACUGCAAAAGAAGAUCAAACGUUUGAAUUAAGAUCGGACGGUUUGUUUCAAUGUAUGAUGUGUCCUCAAAUGUUUGAGGAUAGACAAAGCUGUAGAGAGCACUACGGUUGUCACGAAGCUUUGCGGCAGGGGCUCUAUAAAUGUCAAUUUUGUAACAAAAGCUUUGGCAAGAAAUUUGACGCGUCGAGACACGAGCGUAGGGUACAUAAUGCAGCGCCGAAGGAGACAAACACCGUUCAAAAUUUCGAUGAUAAAAAGUGUCGAGAAUCUGACGAAUCUAAUUUCGCAGAUAACACCACUACAGCGAUCUCAUUCGAACAGGUGUUCAAAACGGAAGAGGUGAUUAUCAAACCAGAACCAUCUCUAUUAGGGGAAACGGACGGAGAGAGCGCAGUGUCUUCGGGAUCGGAGUACAUACCUGAACAAACGACAGUUACGAAAGCGAAGAGACAGAAACAUAACUACGUAGCGGGACCGGAUGGGCUCUUCCAGUGUGCCAGCUGUUUACGGACAUUUUCCAAAAAGAAACAAUAUUCUGAGCAUUUGCACGUACAUAACGCCCUGCGUUUGGGUCGCUACAAGUGUGAGUUGUGCGAAAAGCUAUUUAGGAAAAGGUACCAUCUUAAUCGACAUGUGGAUACGAUACACUUGGGUAUUCGCCGGAAGUAAUAAAGUGUGUGUGUGCAGCAUAAUUUCUGCAACCGCGUUCGGUGGUUGAAAAUAUAAAUCAAGAGGCGGUUAUUUAAACAGCAACUACUCGA